CCCGCAAAGCGGGCAAGGGUUGUAAAAGCUCAGAGUAACCCUGAAGCGGAGCUCAGCGGCCGCUGCUAUGGGGUAGGCGACAUCGCACGGCCUCCGGCGCCGCUUGUGCGUGAUGCGGUAGCAGUAGAUCUGCAGCGCAAAAGCAGCAGCAGGUUUACUUUUAAUAACGGUGGGCAGGUUUUUUUGUAGCCGCUCUGGUGUCUGCCCUGCGCGUUUGGCAGGCGCUGGGAGCGCACCUCCACGCCUUGCCCCGCGUAAGUCCGGGUCCUGGGCCACCCUCCCUCGUCCUUAGGCCCGUUCCAGGGCCGGUAUCUCCUCGCGCCCUUUUUUCAAGGGGAAAAAUUAAAAUACGAUCUCCGAGUCAGGGAAAAACGUUUCCUGCUUUAUUCCGUCAGACAUGACACAGGGACACGUUCCCACAGGCCGCACCUAGUGCGACGGUGGUCGGCGCUUCUGCGUGACAUCAUCAACUGAGGCCGGAAGUCGCCGGAGUCUGCUUCCGGGGACAGUGCCGGCUUCGCCAAAAUGGCGGCGCCCGGGUGCGCCUGAGUGGAAGAUAGGCGACUGUCGCUCGAGGCCGUGGCGGACGCCGGCUCCCCAUGGCGCUGAGCAGCCGCACCUGCCUACUGCUGGUGGCCAGCAGGCUCCAGGCACGUGGAGCGGCCAGUCUCAAAAUUGAGACCGAAGCGGACACAAGCGAAAAUGAGGUUGUUGCCCCAGACUUUACUAACAGGAAUCCUCGGAACUUGGAGCAGUUGGCCCUGGCUAGGAAGGAGCGUGGCUGGAAGACGACAUGGCCAAAGCGUGAAUUCUGGCAUAGAUUACGGCUUGAGCGCACACAGCAUUAUGUAGAAGCCUUUGUUGAGCGCUCCAAUGGGGAUAUUGUGGUAUCUGCCUCUACCCGAGAGUGGGCCAUAAAGAGACACCUAUAUAGUCCUAAGGGAGUAGCAGCAUGCAAAAACCUUGGCCGCGUAAUGGCGCAGCGGUGUUUGGAAGCAGGAAUCAACUUUGUGAACUUCAAAGCUGUUAUCCCCUGGGAGCGUCGCUGUGACUCGAUUCAGGAAUUUGAAAAAGCUAUGGAGGAGGGUGGUGUCGUUCUGCGUGAGCCACAAAGAAUCUAUCGGUAAAAUGGAGACUGUUGGGAAAACCUUCCAUGGAACAACGAUCACUUCUUUAGGUGCACGUAGCAGCACAGUGAAGGUUCAGAGCUGGAAAAAGUUGGAAUGUGACGUCUUACAAUAAAAUGUUUGAAUGGA